AAAAUGAGAAUUUUUGUACUUUUUUAAAUUCUUUUGAUCCUCGAUAUAAAGCACCUUGUAUAAAUAUACUUAAGCAUGAAAUUUUAGAUGUAACAAUUCAUACAGUGAAAACUAUCAAUUAUAUGAUUAGUACUCAAGCAGAUAUGAUAUCUGAUGAAUUUAUAAUGUAUGAUUCUAUAUUAAGUAUAAUUGAAAUAGGUAAGAAUAAAAUUGCUAGUAAUAUUGUUAGCAUAAUUGAAUCUGUAUUGGAAGAAGUUGGUAUUAGUGGAAGCAAAUUAGUAAGUAUCAUGAUGAACAAUGGUUCGAAUGUUAAAGUAGCUAUCACACAACUUUCAACUAAAAUUUUACCACCCAA